GGGGGGCGCGCCGAGCGGCCCCGGCGGCCGGGCCGGCAUCCCCGCGGCGUCCCUCCGCUAGAGGCGGGGACCAAGCCAAUUCUCCUUUGCAGCAAAAAAAAUUGCAUGUAUAUAUUAUCAGGAUAAUAUAUACAUCUGAUCUUAUUUUUUAGAAAAAGUUUAUUUUGCUCCGAUUUUGAAAAAGAGGGAGCGUGGGUGGCCAGCGGUUUUUUAUAAAUUAUUCUUAUUUUCUGUUAUCUGUCCCCGUCCCUCCCCACCCCCUGCUGAAGCUUGACUAAGGGCAGGGACCGCGGCUCUUACCUAUCGGUCACCCCCUUUACCCGUUCCUCCCCCGCCCCAACGCCUAGCACAGUGCCCUGCACACAGUAGGCGCUCAAUAAAUGUUCGUGGAUGAUGAUGAUGAUGAUGAUGAAAAAAAUGCAGCAUCAACGGCAGCAGCAAGCGGACCACGCGAACGAGGCAAACUAUGCAAGAGGCACCAGGCUCCCUCUUUCUGGUGAAGGACCAACUUCUCAGCCGAAUAGCUCCAAGCAAACCGUCCUGUCUUGGCAAGCUGCAAUCGACGCUGCUAGACAGGCCAAGGCUGCCCAAACUAUGAGCACCUCCGCACCCCCACCUGUCGGAUCUCUCUCCCAAAGAAAACGUCAGCAAUACGCCAAGAGCAAAAAACAGGGUAACUCGUCCAACAGCCGACCUGCCCGUGCCCUUUUCUGUUUGUCUCUCAAUAACCCCAUCCGAAGAGCCUGCAUUAGUAUAGUGGAAUGGAAACCAUUUGACAUAUUUAUAUUAUUGGCUAUUUUUGCCAAUUGUGUGGCCUUAGCUAUUUACAUCCCAUUCCCUGAAGAUGAUUCUAAUUCAACAAAUCAUAACUUGGAAAAAGUAGAAUAUGCCUUCCUGAUUAUUUUUACAGUCGAAACAUUUUUGAAGAUUAUAGCAUAUGGAUUAUUGCUACAUCCUAAUGCUUAUGUUAGGAAUGGAUGGAAUUUACUGGAUUUUGUUAUAGUCAUAGUAGGAUUGUUUAGUGUAAUUUUGGAACAAUUAACCAAAGAAACAGAAGGCGGUAACCACUCCAGUGGCAAAUCAGGAGGCUUUGAUGUCAAAGCCCUCCGCGCCUUUCGAGUGUUACGACCACUUCGACUAGUAUCAGGAGUGCCCAGUUUACAAGUUGUCCUGAACUCCAUUAUAAAAGCCAUGGUUCCCCUCCUUCACAUAGCCCUUUUGGUAUUAUUUGUAAUCAUAAUCUAUGCUAUUAUAGGAUUGGAGCUUUUUAUUGGAAAAAUGCACAAAACAUGUUUUUUUGCUGACUCAGAUAUGGUGGCUGAAGAGGACCCAGCGCCGUGUGCGUUCUCAGGGAAUGGACGCCAGUGCACCGCCAAUGGCACGGAGUGUAGGAGUGGCUGGGCUGGCCCCAAUGGUGGCAUCACCAACUUUGACAACUUUGCCUUUGCCAUGCUCACCGUGUUUCAGUGCAUCACCAUGGAGGGCUGGACAGACGUGCUCUACUGGGUAAAUGAUGCGAUAGGAUGGGAAUGGCCAUGGGUGUAUUUUGUUAGUCUCAUCAUCCUUGGCUCAUUUUUCGUCCUUAACCUGGUUCUUGGUGUCCUUAGUGGAGAGUUCUCGAAGGAAAGGGAGAAAGCAAAAGCACGGGGAGACUUCCAGAAGCUCCGGGAGAAGCAGCAGCUGGAAGAGGAUCUUAAGGGCUACUUGGACUGGAUCACCCAAGCAGAAGACAUUGAUCCUGAGAAUGAAGAAGAAGGAGGCGAGGAGAGCAAACGAAAUACCAGCAUGCCCACCAGUGAGACGGAGUCUGUGAACACAGAGAACGUGAGUGGGGAAGGCGAGAACCGAGGCUGCUGCGGGAGUCUCUGUCAAGCCAUCUCAAAGUCCAAGCUCAGCCGCCGCUGGCGCCGCUGGAACCGCUUCAGUCGCAGAAGGUGUAGGGCUGCCGUGAAGUCUGUCACGUUUUACUGGCUGGUCAUUGUCCUGGUGUUUCUCAACACCUUAACCAUUUCCUCCGAGCACUACAACCAGCCUGACUGGUUGACACAGAUUCAAGAUAUUGCUAACAAAGUCCUCUUGGCUCUGUUCACCUGUGAGAUGCUGGUCAAAAUGUACAGCUUGGGUCUCCAGGCGUACUUUGUCUCUCUUUUCAAUCGGUUUGAUUGCUUCGUGGUGUGCGGCGGAAUUACCGAGACGAUCCUGGUGGAACUGGAAAUCAUGUCUCCCCUGGGCAUCUCUGUGUUCCGCUGUGUGCGGCUCUUGAGAAUUUUCAAAGUGACCAGGCACUGGACCUCCCUGAGCAACUUGGUGGCAUCCUUGUUAAACUCCAUGAAGUCCAUCGCUUCGCUGCUGCUUCUGCUUUUUCUCUUCAUCAUCAUCUUCUCCUUGCUGGGGAUGCAGCUGUUUGGUGGCAAGUUUAAUUUUGACGAAACGCAAACCAAGCGGAGCACCUUUGAUAAUUUCCCGCAAGCCCUUCUCACAGUGUUCCAGAUCCUGACAGGCGAAGACUGGAAUGCUGUGAUGUAUGACGGUAUCAUGGCGUAUGGGGGCCCAUCAUCUUCUGGAAUGAUCGUCUGCAUCUACUUCAUCAUCCUCUUCAUUUGCGGUAACUAUAUUCUACUGAAUGUCUUCUUGGCCAUCGCUGUAGAUAAUUUGGCUGAUGCUGAAAGUUUGAAUACUGCUCAGAAGGAGGAAGCUGAAGAAAAGGAAAGGAAAAAGAUUGCCAGAAAAGAAAGUCUGGAAAAUAAAAAGAACAACAAACCAGAAGUCAACCAGAUAGCCAACAGUGACAACAAGGUUACCAUCGAUGACUACAGAGAAGAGGAUGAGGACAAGGACCCCUACCCACCCUGUGAUGUGCCAGGUGAAGAGGAAGAGGAGGAGGAAGAGGAUGAACCCGAGGUUCCUGCUGGCCCCCGUCCUCGCAGAAUCUCUGAGUUGAACAUGAAAGAGAAAAUCGCCCCCAUCCCGGAAGGGAGCGCUUUCUUCAUUCUCAGCAAGACCAACCCGAUCCGCGUGGGCUGCCACAAGCUCAUCAACCACCACAUCUUCACCAACCUCAUCCUCGUCUUCAUCAUGCUGAGCAGCGCCGCCCUCGCCGCCGAGGACCCCAUCCGCAGCCACUCCUUCCGGAACACUAUACUGGGUUACUUUGACUAUGCUUUCACAGCCAUCUUUACUGUUGAAAUCCUGUUGAAGAUGAUGACCUUUGGCGCUUUCCUCCACAAAGGCGCUUUCUGCAGGAACUACUUCAACUUACUGGAUAUGCUGGUCGUUGGGGUGUCUUUGGUGUCAUUUGGGAUCCAAUCCAGUGCCAUCUCUGUUGUGAAGAUUCUGAGGGUCCUAAGGGUCCUGAGGCCACUCAGGGCCAUCAACAGAGCGAAAGGACUUAAGCACGUGGUCCAGUGUGUCUUCGUGGCCAUCCGGACGAUUGGCAACAUCAUGAUCGUCACCACACUCCUCCAGUUCAUGUUCGCCUGCAUCGGGGUCCAGCUCUUCAAGGGAAAGUUCUAUCGCUGCACAGACGAAGCCAAAAGUAACCCCGAAGAAUGCAGGGGGCUCUUCAUCCUCUACAAGGAUGGGGAUGUUGAUAGUCCUGUGGUCCGUGAGAGGAUCUGGCAAAACAGCGAUUUCAACUUUGACAACGUCCUCUCGGCUAUGAUGGCUCUGUUCACAGUCUCCACGUUCGAGGGCUGGCCCGCGUUGCUGUACAAAGCCAUCGACUCGAACGGAGAGAAUGUGGGCCCCAUCUACAACUACCGCGUGGAGAUCUCCAUCUUUUUCAUCAUCUACAUCAUCAUUGUCGCAUUCUUCAUGAUGAACAUCUUCGUGGGCUUCGUCAUCGUCACGUUUCAGGAGCAGGGAGAGAAAGAGUAUAAGAACUGUGAGCUGGACAAAAAUCAGCGUCAGUGUGUUGAAUACGCCUUGAAGGCACGUCCGCUGCGGAGAUACAUCCCCAAAAACCCCUACCAGUACAAGUUCUGGUACGUGGUGAACUCCUCGCCUUUCGAAUACAUGAUGUUUGUCCUCAUCAUGCUCAACACACUCUGCUUGGCCAUGCAGCACUACGAGCAGUCCAAGAUGUUUAAUGACGCCAUGGACAUCCUGAACAUGGUCUUCACUGGGGUGUUCACUGUCGAGAUGGUUUUGAAAGUCAUUGCAUUUAAGCCUAAGGGGUACUUUAGUGACGCCUGGAACACCUUUGACUCCCUCAUCGUAAUCGGCAGCAUUGUAGACGUGGCCCUCAGCGAAGCCGACCACUAUUUCACUGAUGCAUGGAACACUUUUGAUGCCUUAAUUGUUGUUGGUAGCGUCGUUGAUAUUGCUAUAACUGAAGUGAAUAACUCUGAAGAGAGCAAUAGAAUCUCCAUCACCUUUUUCCGUCUUUUCCGAGUGAUGCGAUUGGUGAAGCUUCUCAGCAGGGGGGAAGGCAUCCGGACGCUGCUGUGGACUUUUAUUAAGUCCUUCCAGGCGCUCCCGUACGUCGCCCUUCUCAUCGCCAUGCUGUUCUUCAUCUACGCGGUCAUCGGCAUGCAGAUGUUUGGGAAAGUGGCCAUGAGAGAUAACAACCAGAUCAACAGGAACAACAAUUUCCAGACCUUUCCCCAGGCGGUGCUGCUGCUCUUCAGGUGUGCGACGGGGGAAGCCUGGCAGGAAAUCAUGCUAGCCUGCCUCCCGGGGAAGCAAUGCGACCCCGACUCGGAUUACAACCCCGGGGAGGAAUACACAUGUGGGAGCAACUUCGCCAUCGUUUAUUUCAUCAGUUUUUAUAUGCUCUGCGCAUUUCUGAUCAUCAACCUCUUCGUGGCUGUCAUCAUGGACAAUUUUGAUUAUCUCACCCGGGACUGGUCUAUUCUGGGGCCUCACCAUUUAGAUGAAUUCAAACGGAUCUGGUCUGAAUAUGACCCCGAGGCAAAGGGCAGGAUCAAGCACCUGGACGUGGUCACUCUGCUCCGCCGCAUCCAGCCUCCCCUGGGCUUUGGGAAGUUGUGUCCACACCGGGUAGCCUGCAAGAGACUAGUUGCUAUGAACAUGCCACUCAACAGUGAUGGGACAGUCAUGUUUAAUGCAACUCUGUUUGCUCUGGUUCGAACGGCUCUUAAAAUCAAGACUGAAGGCAACCUGGAACAAGCUAAUGAAGAACUCCGAGCUGUGAUCAAGAAAAUUUGGAAGAAAACCAGCAUGAAACUACUUGACCAAGUUGUCCCUCCAGCUGGUGAUGAUGAGGUAACCGUGGGGAAGUUCUAUGCCACUUUCCUGAUACAGGACUACUUUAGGAAAUUCAAGAAACGGAAAGAACAAGGACUGGUGGGAAAAUACCCCGCGAAGAACAGCACAAUUGCCCUACAGGCGGGAUUAAGGACACUGCAUGACAUUGGGCCAGAAAUCCGGCGUGCUAUAUCAUGCGAUUUGCAAGAUGAUGAUCCAGAGGAAACAAAACGAGAAGACGAAGAAGAUGUGUUCAAAAGAAAUGGUGCCCUGCUUGGAAACCAUGUCAAUCAUGUUAAUAGUGAUAGGAGAGAUUCCCUUCAGCAGACCAAUACCACCCACCGUCCCCUGCAUGUCCAAAGGCCUUCAAUUCCACCUGCAAGUGAUACUGAGAAACCGCUGUUUCCUCCAGCAGGAAAUUCGGUGUGUCAUAACCAUCAUAACCAUAAUUCCAUAGGAAAGCCAGUUCCCAGCUCAACAAAUGCCAAUCUCAAUAAUGCCAAUAUGUGCAAAGCUGCCCCUGGAAAGCGGCCCAGCAUUGGGAACCUUGAGCUUGUGUCUGAAAACGGGCAUCAUUCCUUCCACAAGCAUGGCCGUGAGCCUCACAGAAGGUGCAGUAUUAAAAGAACCCGCUAUUAUGAAACUUACAUUAGGUCUGACUCGGGAGACGAGCAGUUCCCGACGAUUUGCCGGGAGGACCCGGAGAUACACGGCUACUUCAGGGACCCCCGCUGCCCAGGGGAGCAGGAGUAUUUCAGCAGCGAGGAGUACUAUGAGGAUGACAGCUCACCCACCGGGAGCAGGCAAAGCUACGGCUGUGGCUACUAUAACUGGUACCUGGGUAGCAGCUUGGACUUCGAGCGGCCUCGAGGCUACCAUCACCCCCAAAGCUUCUCAGAGGACGACGACUCGCCCAUUGGCUACGAUUCCCGGAGGUCUCCGAGGCGACGUCUACUACCUCCCACCCCUACAUCCCCCCGCAGGUCUUCCUUCAACUUCGAGUGCCUGCGCCGGCAGAGCAGCCAGGAGGAGGUCCCGCCGUCGCCCGCCUUCCCGCCCCGCACGGCCCUGCCGCUGCACCUGAUGCAGCAACAGAUCAUGGCAGUCGCUGGCCUAGAUUCCAGUAAAGCCCAGAAGUACUCGCCAAGCCACUCCACCCGGUCGUGGGCCACCCCCCCGGCCACACCGUCGUAUCGGGACUGGACGCCGUGCUAUACCCCGCUGAUCCAGGUCGAGCGGCCAGAGGCCCCAGACCAGGUCAACGGCAGCCUCCCAUCCCUGCACCGCAGCUCGUGGUACACAGACGAGCCCAGCGUCUCCUAUCGGACGUUCACACCAGCCAGCCUGACCGUCCCCAGCAGCUUCCACAACAAGAACAGUGACAAGCAGAGGAGCGCGGACAGCCUGGUGGAGGCAGUUCUGAUAUCUGAAGGCUUAGGACGGUACGCGAGGGACCCAAAGUUCGUGUCGGCGACAAAACAUGAAAUCGCCGAUGCCUGUGACUUAACCAUCGACGAGAUGGAGAGUGCGGCCAGCAACCUGCUGAACGGGAACGUGCACCCCCGGGCCAAUGGAGACGCGGGCCCCGUUUCACACCGGCAAGACUACGAGCUCCAGGACUUUGGGCCUGGCUACAGCGACGAGGAGCCGGACCCCGGGAGGGACGAGGAGGACCUGGCAGACGAGAUGAUUUGCAUCACCACCCUGUAGCCCCUGCAGGGGGCCGCUGACAGGCUCUGGCCUCAAGGUGGGGCGCCCGAGGGCCAGGGGAAAAGUGCCUCGUAGUUAGGAAAAUUUAGGCACUAGCGCGGAGUCCCUAUUCGCAGUUAGAAUUUUGUAACAAGUGAUGUCAUGCCUCAAGGAAGCCAUAAACCUGGCAGGGGACAGCCGUGCCCCAGCUGUGUGGGCGAGGGCGGGUCCAGCCCUCCUGGAGAGGACCAGCGAGGAGGGUCAGACGAGCCCUGCUGGCUUGUCCGGAGCGUUCGCCUGCCGCCCGCAGGCGUGGGGUGGGAAAGGUUUAAAGGUGAUGACGAUCACCACACCUGUCAUUACCUCAGCCAUCGGUCUAGCAUAUCAGACGUUCACGGGGCCCAGCAUAUCCAUUUUUAAACCCUUCCCCACCCCAAAAACACACUGCUUCCUGAUUCCUGUUCAGCUGUUCUGAAAUACAGUGUGUACGUCAGGACCAGCCUACCAGCCGUCAUCCUGGGAGGGGAAGCAGGACCCUGUAAGCAGGGUUUUCUGUGACGUGAUGCCAGUUUACAGGCAGGAGAGCGUCGCUCCGACAGUCGGAUUUCUGACUGUCAGGCUAAGGGCAACUGUAAACUGGAAUAAUACUGCACUCGCAACCAGGUAAACUUAGAUACGCUAGUUUGUUUAAAAAUUAUAGAUUUACUGUACAUGACUUGUAAUAUACUAUAAUUUGUAUUUGUAAAGAGAUGGUCUAUAUUUUGUAAUUAUUGUACCGUAUUUGAAAUGCAGCAAUAUCCAUGGGUCCUAAUAACUGUAGUUCCCCACUGAAAUUUAGAAACUAUUAGUGUUUUUACUUGGGCUAUACAGAAGUAUAAUAGAAGAAACAGAGCCAAUUCUCAUUUAUUCAGUGAAAAGUCUUUUGGGGGUACAAUCUUUAGUUCAGAAGAACUUGACACUACAGAGAUUUUUCUAAAAUAUUUUGAGUCACUAUAAAUCUAUCUUUACACAAGAGAUUCCAGAGGACUAUUUGCAGUCUUUUCUUUGGGCAGGGGUUCUGUGAUUUGAUAUUGUAACUUUUGAUCCACCAUGGGUUGCAACUGUCUUUUGUUCUCCUUUAAUAACCCCUCCGAUGAGUUCACUGCAGAGGAGGUCGAGCUGGUUACUCAGACCCUGUGGCAUUCAUUCACAGUCCUGGUUUUCUCAGCUGCCCCACAGGAUAUUCUGGCAUUUCUGGUGCAGAAACAAUGGCAGUGGUGAAUGAAGUCUCUCUGCUGUUGUCCCCCCGGGACUGGUAAGGCUGCACGUCCGAGGAAAUAAGAGUGCUGGAGGCUGGGGGACCGAGGAGGCAGAGGAGACUCUUACAGGACUAGAUGUCGGGGUCUGGACAAAUCGUAUUGCUGCCUUUUUACAGAACAUUGCUGUGCUGUGUGUCCUCUUUGAGGGCUAUUAUAUGCAACUGAAUGAGGGCUGAAGUUUUCACUAGAAUGCACUCUCACUCCAAUUCUACUUCUCAAUGAAAACCCACCUUGGGAUCAUCAGACCCAUCAAGGCUUCCUUUUCUGUUCACAGAAUUAUGCCGACUUUGUUGAGUUACCGUGGCAGGGAUUCCCUGCGGUCAAAAAGACGAGUAGCAGUUUUUGGUUCAAAAUUUUUAAAGAAUACAUGACCUGUUAAUGUUAGUUUUUUUUUUUUUUUUUUUUUUGUAAAUAACACUUUGUUAUGAAGACCUUACAAACCUCUUCUUAAAGACAUUCUUACUCCAGAUCCAGGCAAAAACUUCAAGGUUUGUAAAUGACUAUUUCCUGACAUAAAUUCUUUUUUAUUAAAAUGCAAAAUGAUCUUCAGAAUAAA